GAAACGCCUUCCGAGGCGGACACGGAACAUCUACUGCGGAUGGUUGGACAGUGCAUCCAGGGCGGCAUUGUGUCAGACUCAAACCUCGAUGACGACGACGAUGAUGAUGAUGAUGGUGAUGAUCGCGCUGCUUACGAGCUGGCGUACGUGCACGGCGGUGACGAGGGCGAGUAUGGUGCUGCCGCUGCUGACCAUGGCAGCGGUGGUGGCGAUGACGCGGCUGGGCUGGCGUGGAGGCGGCGACGGCUUGGUGGUGGCGUGGAGGUUGAGCUUGGCCGGGCUGCACUGCUGGCACGCGCGCUGCUGUCGUCGACGUCACAAUCGCGUUCGUCGUCCGUAUCCUCUUCAGCGCCCGUGACAACAACGGCAACAGACACACGGGAGCAGUCGACUGCUGAGGACGGCGCUGGUCAUCGUGAUGGCAUCGAUUACGACUACGACCAUGAAAACUUGGAUGAUGAUGAUGAUGAGGAGGAGGAGGAGUUGAACGAAACCAUUCGUCACCACGUGCUUGGCGUGCCGUCGCAGGAUGGAAGCAAAUCCAUGCUGGAACGCAUUCGCGACACUUCCCGCAGACUGCGCACGGAAGAGGAAGCGGGCACCGCCGCCGCCGCCAACAUCGCUGCUGGCAUGCCAUCGAAGGACAGCGGCGACAGUCAACUCGAGAGCUGGUACGGCAGCAUCAGCAGCACCAGCAGUGGAAGGGGACGUGCUGCCAACCGUAGAAACCACGACAGGGUAGGCCGCGAUGCAGCUGCUGCAGAUGACAUGACUAUUGCUGACGGUCGCAGUGGUCAUGGUGAUGGUGGUGGUGGUGGUGGUGGUGACCAUCGGGCGCCGCCCCGUCAGCCGUCGAGCGACUCGCUCCUGCAGGAAUUCUCCGACGACCUUUUUGUCCACGCCGUCAUCCUGCAGCAGGCUGAGGGCGUGUUCGACGCUCUGCCAAGCAAUGCCACCCUCGACUCAAAUGUCGUGAACCGGCUGUGCCUGACGAUUGAGGAGUGUCUUCGCACGACGGCGGCGAGCAGCACGUGGCCCGAAGCCUGUCCAGAUGAACUCGAGAGCGAGCUUGCUGCGAGCGUGCGUGGUGUGAUGGUGAAGCACCUUGGCUCGCCGGUCGCCGCGUGUCGUGCACGUGCACUUCAGGACAUCGACAGCCUCCUCUACGACGAAAUGGUCUUCAACAAGGUAAUUGAGCAAGUUGACCGCAGCUACCAGAAGGAGAUGGCUGAGCUGCGUGUGGCGCAGGCGGAGCUCUUGCGAGAAGAGACAUCCCUCACAAAGGAGCGCCGCGCAACCAUGGACAAGUUGUCGCAAGAUCGACAGCAGCGUCUGCAGUCCCUCAUAUCCGCCAGCAGCAAGGGCGAUGAUGAUGACGAUCGUGGUCGUGAUGGUGGUGACGUGCACGGGGCACCACCGCUGCACUACUUACCGACGCUGCACGAUGAUGAUGACGGUGGUCGUGGCAGUCACGGAGACAAUCGCGGGCGUACCGGUGCUGAUGAUGGCGAUGAAGAUGGGGAGGAGGAGGAGGAGGCAGAUGUUGCUGCGCUGCACGAUUUAUUGUUUUCGCAGAUGCUGGGCGCUGCCACGGCGGCAAGUGCGGACAUGGGCGAAGGCAGCCACGUCAUCACGCCGGACGAGUUCAUGACGCAACACAUCCAGCUGCCAGCAGAUGGCAGUGGCGAUGACACGCGCGUGCAUGUGAACGGACGGCGCGUACCGCAACAGCCAGCAACAGACGAUGCAUUUGUUGAAUCUUCUUCUUCUUCUUCUUCUUCCUCCCCAGCAACAGCGGCUUCCGUGUCGCCUUCGACGACAGCAGGAACAACGACAGAGCCACGUCCAGACGAGCAAGGGAGCAGCAAUGCACGCGAGAGUGGAGACGGCGAAGCUGCUGACGCAGAUGGCGAAGAUGCUGAUACCCCAAGUGACAGCCGAGCUGAGGCGGAGACAGGGGAGGAAGAUCAAGAGGGUGGUGGCGAUGAUGACUCUGAGGUGGUGGUUGUCACAGCUGAUGUAGAGGAUGAUGACUUUGACCACGACAUGACGGUGAUUAGUGCCCGGCUGAGCGAUGCAGGCCUUGUCUCGCCACAAGCCGAUGGUGAUGGUGGGGAUUAUGAUGACGAGGAGGAGGAUGGCGAGGAGGACGAGGAGGACGAGCUUGUGAAUGGAUGCCAGCGCGAGGCCAUGGCCAAAUACAUGUUUGCCAUGUCUGAGCUGGGCGAGGAAGAGAGUGGUGCAGACGACACAUCUGGCAGCCCCGUCCUCCAACAACGACACAUGAACUGCGAUUACCGUAAUACGGCCGAUGACGCGCAACUCCACGAUCUCUUUGCCAAGAUUGACGCUGCUGCUGUUGAGGAUGAUGCAAGUGCUGUGCACGAGGCAGAGCUGACACCAGACACGCUGGCAACCCCAACCGACUUUUGAGUGCACACACAGAGCCACAGAGAGAGCGAGAGAGAGUGAGUGAGAGUGAGAGUGAGAGGGUGAGAGAGGGUGAGCGAGUAGAAAGUGAGACACACACACACACACACACACACACACACACACACACACACCACACACAAAAGCAAAUUGUGUUGCUGGUGCUUGAGUUAUGCGAUUUCUGUUUGAAAAUAUACACAAUUUUCUACUUGGCA